UCACCAAUUCUCCAAUUCGUUAGAAAAUGGGCGAGAAUAAUAGCACGUGAUUGGUUGAUUUUCGUAGGUGGUGUCACAGACGAUACCGCACAAAAUAAUACGUGCUUAUUGACUCACGUGUAUCGUUUAUUAAGUUUCGCUUCUGCUUCGACUGUCUCGCCAUUCAGCACAAGACCAAAGAGCUUCCUGUUUGUUCUUUUGAAGAGGUAGGUAGGUGGUGGGUGUGAAGGUCAAGACUGCCGCGUGAAGCAACAGCACUGAAGAAGCUGUUCCGAAAUUAAUCCCUUGAUAUCGAUGGUCUUGUGGUGAUGCGGUGAUGUUCUGUGUUUUGAUAUCAGAGAAUGCCGAUGAUCAACUAUGUAGAAUUUUUCUCUGGAUGUCUGGGAGGAGUUGCUGGAGUUCUUGUUGGACAACCUUUUGACACUGUGAAGGUACGGUUACAAACCCAGAGUGGAACAUCACUGUAUAGGGGAGUUUGGCAUUGUCUUACAUCCAUUGUUAAAAAUGAAAGUCCGCGUGGAUUGUUUAAGGGAAUGUCUUCUCCUCUGCUUGGACUCAGUUUUAUAAAUGCAAUUGUUUUCGGUGUCCAAGCACAAGUUAUUACAUUCCUUGGAAGAGAGACAACGUACACCCAUUUCAUCAGUGGUGCUUUUGCGGGUGCUGUUCAAUGUGUUAUAUGUGCUCCUAUGGAAUUGGCAAAAACACAAAUGCAAGUUCAAGGUAUUGGGAAAAAAGCAAAGAAAAGCGAUAAUAUGUACAAAAGUUCAAUCGAUUGCAUAAAAAAAAUUUACAAAUCCCAUGGAAUGAAAGGUUGCUACAAAGGAAUGACUCUCACUCUCAUGCGUGAAACUCCAGCAUUCGGUUGUUAUUUUGCUUCAUAUGAUAUUUUAACAUCUACUGUACUUUUGGUGGAUAAAACUGAAACAUAUCAGCUUGGUACUAUUUUAAAGAUGAUGUUGUCUGGUGGAAUAGCAGGUAUUUUGUCAUGGGUUAUCACCUAUCCGUUCGACGUCUUGAAGUCACGACUGCAAGCCGAUCAUUUUGAAAACUCCAAAUAUAAAGGCACUAUAGAUUGUUUAAAGAAAGGUAUCGAAAAAGAGGGACCAAGACUUUUAUACAGAGGUCUCAAUUCAACAAUAAUCCGAGCAUUUCCUGUUAAUGCAGCAACUUUUGCCGUUGUUCAAGUUUCAACUCAAUAUUUUUAUAAAAAGAAAAACGGAUAUCCUUGAUUCUUUGGGCCGUCGGUAUAUAUUGCAUUGAUUUUGGUUGAAGUUUUAUAUAAACUUGCAGGUUGAAAAAAAACAAAUCAAUCUAUGAGAUUAGAUAGAGAUGGUAUGUCUCUCCCCAAAUAGUUUUCCAAAUCGGGAUAAUUUUUUCCAGCUGCCACACUGAAAAACUUUCAAUUUUACUUUAUUAUUGCACAAGUGGCAUGUGGAAAAAGGAAAUUCACGAUUUGUUCUUAAUUUUUGAGGCCAUGUUUUUUAGACUUUUUUUUACAAGUCAAUUGAUUCUACAUAUUGUGAAAAAAAAAUUAUUGUGAUUUCAAAUGUAUGUACUGUAUAUUAUAUUGAGCUUUAAGCUUAAUUUGUUUUAUUGGGAUAUAAAAAAUAAAUUGCAUCUUCUAUUAUUACUUUAUUCUGGUUCAUAUUGCACUGAAUGUAUUGCUUAUCCCACUGGGUACUGUAAAAAUGUAUUGAUACUUCCUGCCUUUGGCUGCCUUAUACCUACUUACCUUUGCAAUUUUUAUACACAAUUAUUCCAUCUCUAAUAUACACAGAAUGAUGAUAUACACAAUGGUAACUUUUAUAAGAAAAAUUCUUUUUCUAAGUGUUUUUAAUUAUGUACUGCAUAUACCAUAUUUGUUACACAAACAGUGAAUGUUACGCAACCUUUGACCCCAGAAAAACUUAAACUGACAUGAAUAAACUCAUAAUAACAGACCAUUGUUCACAGUCUGAAAUGUAAAAAAUCACUGUCAACGUAUUGAUGAUUGGUCAUUGUUACAGAAAUAAAUAAGGAAGUCAAUGCUUGAGGAAACAUCCAUUAACCGAAAAUGAUCAAAUAAGGAAGUCGAUGCUUGGGGAAACAUCCAUUAACCAAAAAUGAUUUUCUUAUACUGUUAAACUUUAAUUGAAAUAUUCAUGGUAUAGUAUUAGAUGAACUGUGUUAUUUUUUUUGCACUUCAUGCUUAAUGUAAUUGUAACACAAUAUUAUUGCUUGUCUUUGCAAAUUAUUAUAUUUCACAAUGCUUUUUUUUUGCUUUUCAUUUAUCGUGCUUGUCUCAUUAUUCUGAAUGGAAUUUUCUAUCAAGCUGGUGUUUAUGGUAUUAAAAUUAUAAUUCUUGAACAGGUCUGAUAAACAAUUUUUUAUUUGUUUCAAAAUUUUUUCUACAUUGAAUUAAUUAGGCCAAUUUAAAAAAUUUGGAAUGAAAUAUGAACAAUACAAUUUCAGUCACAUUAUCACAAUUAUGUUAUCAACCUUAUUUGGCAUAUUUCCAUUUAUAAUUUGAAAGUAGUAGGAAUGUUACAUUACUGAUUGCAAUUUUCUUGUUUUUUAUUGUUUCACAUUGCCAGUCUUCUAUGUUUUAACUAUAUUUUUAACUUAACUACCCUUGCCAACAGUUUACCUUUUCCAAAAAUUGAUUUUAUAUUUUUUCAGGCACUUUAUCAUAUUGAUAUUUAAUAAUGUGUAUUUGUCAAAAAUAUAUAACACUUUGAUCAAUUUCAAAAGAGUCCAGUCACAUGUUUUUAAAUUUCGAUUUUUACUUCAAGACAAUAUUGAUCUUUCAUUCCUGACCUGAAAGACACUUCAAGUGAUUUACACAUUAAACAGAAACUUUUUGACACAAACCGAUACGAAUAUGCAGCGCUUCUGCGUGAUCUCCAAGAAAUAAAAGUCUUGAAACUUGAGUUCUAAAACAAUGCAUGGACUUAAUAUGAAAUUUUUGCAAAUAAUUCGGGUGAUCUCUUGUUAGAGGGAGAUAAAGAAGGUUUUUAAAACAUCUUAUUUUCCUCUGUAUGCCAAUUUUAUUUUGUCGACACUGCCAAGCAUUUGAUGGACAUUUCCGAAAAAAAACCAAGAACAGCCAUAUUACUUAAUUACUGUGAAUUGGUACAUUCUUGUGAAUUUGUACAUUCUUGCAUACAAGUACCAGAAUUCAUUCCUUGAACAGACAAAUCUUCCACUGCUAUGACAUCAAUAUUUGCUUUGUAUUCGUGAAAUUCUACAGCACUGGGUUUUUUGCUCUGAAUAGUAAAAUAUUCUGGUUUUACUUUGGCAUUCCUUCCAAUCAAUUUACCGACCAAUUUUUUUUUGCAACGAAGGAAAUUUUACUGAUCCAUUUUAAGCAAAUUCGAGUCUAGAUUUACUUUAAAAAAUUACUGUUUCACUGAUUGCAGGCACCUGAUGUACCAAAAAAACCCCAUUAUUUACAUAUCAUGGGCGAUUACAGUCUUGUAUGAGCAUAAUGUGUAUACUGAUUGAAGGUAUGGAAACAUCUCGUAAACAAAUCAUGCAAUUUAACUGAUAUUGCAGAAUGUUAUCAGAAUUUUUUGCUGUACAACUGAUUGGUCUGCAACUAAGUAUGCUAAAAGAGUGCUGUAUUUUUAAUGGCAUUUAUUAAAUAACUUUUGCAAAAAUGUAUUGGUGUUGUCCAAAAACCUGAUGUGAAAUGGCAACCCAAUAUGGAGGCAAGUCAAAUCACAAUAUAACUAUCUCUGUACCUAGCUAUUUAUUAGUCAUAUAACCUGUUGAGAAUAGAAUAUUCAAUGUGUUUGUACUUUUGUUUAGCAAAAUUGCCAAACCAUUUGACAUACUGUAAAAGUUAACAAAUUUUUCAGACUUUUUUUUUUCUGAAUACCCUGUCUGUAUAUGCUCCAUUAUUUCCCAAAUGACCAUAUCUGGGAUAUUUGUCACCAUUUCAUUGAAGGUAAAUUAAUUCUGUUUUACGAUCUUGCGUCACCUGAUUUAGUUACUACAUUAUGUUUUCAUAUUAGUCCAAAAUUCUUCGAUACAUGGGUGUUAAAUUUAGCUAAGAUUUGCUACGUUAAAGAAUAAUUUCAUUAUUUUGGUCUAAAUGAUUCAACUUCUCUGUUUUCUGGUCUUCAAUCUAUAAAAGCACAAACUUAGAUCUAUCUAAAAUUUCAUCUAAGCCAAAUCUUCCGUCAGUGGAGACAGGUUAAACUAUUGAGCAAGUUGUUAGAUUUAACCUAAGAACGAAACUUUAUUAAAUUGAUUCACAAUGUCAAACAUUUUUUAUGAAAAAAAGGUUCAAAUGUCUAUUGUAUUUAUUCUAUCAGAUAUUUUUGUAAUCAAUUUACUAUAAUUGCGUUGAAAAUGGUCUUUAUUGCUUGCAAUAUAUACAUAUAUAUAAUAUGCCAUUUGAGUAGUUUUGCUAGCGAAUAGAGCUUCUGAAUUAAAAUAAUAUAUUUAUAAG